UUCCGCUUCCGGCGAGGAGGAGCCAGCGGCGCUGUCAUGAGUCGCUUCAAAUUCGUCGAUAUUGGUAUCAACUUGACAGAUCCUAUGUUCCGUGGAAUUUAUAGGGGAAUUCAGAAGCAUCAAGAUGACUUACAGGAUGUAAUAGAGAGAGCUAUUCAAACUGGUGUUAAAAAGUUUAUGAUUACGGGUGGAGAUCUGCAAGACAGUAAAGAGGCACUGAAACUGGCACAAACAAAUGAUAUGUUUUUCAGCACAGUUGGAUGUCAUCCUACAAAAUGUGGAGAAUUUGAAAAGAAUAACCCUGACAUUUACUUAAUGGAGUUGCUAAAUCUUGCUGAAAACAAUAAGGGGAAGGUUGUAGCAGUAGGGGAAUGUGGACUUGACUUUGACCGACUACAAUUUUGUCCCAGAGAUACCCAGCUCAAAUACUUUGAAAAACAAUUUGAACUGUCAGAACAAACAAAACUACCAAUGUUUCUUCAUUGUCGAAACUCACAUACUGAAUUUUUAGACAUAAUGAAAAGAAACAGAGAUCGAUAUGUAGGUGGAGUGGUGCAUUCAUUUGACGGUACCAAGGAAGCAGCAGCUGCUUUGAUUGACUUGGAUCUUUAUAUAGGGUUUAAUGGUUGCUCACUGAAAACGGAGGCUAAUUUGGAAGUCUUGAAGUCAAUACCUAGUGAAAAAUUAAUGAUUGAAACCGAUGCACCUUGGUGUGGAGUCAAAAAUACACAUGCUGGAUCAAAAUAUGUAAAAACUUCUUUUCCUACAAAAAAGAAGUGGGAAAAUGGGCAUUGUUUAAAAGAUAGAAAUGAACCCUGUCAUAUAAUUCAAAUACUGGAGAUAAUGUCAGCAGUAAGAGAUGAGGAUCCACUUGAAUUAGCCAAUACGCUAUAUAACAACACCAUUAAACUAUUUUUUUCCUGACCCAUUUAAUUUAUACAUAUUCCAUUUUCCAUCAUGUAUGUAAAAAUUUCAUGAUAAGUUUUAAUAAAGAAGUCUCUGGAUGUCAUCUAAAUAGGUAUCACUGCAUAUCAUCAUCUUCAAUUCUAUCCAUAAAAUCAGAUCAGGAUUUUUUAUUUCAUUUAAGGCUUUAGUUUAAAACAGUGGAAACCUAACUAUACUCAUUGUGUAAUCUAAUCAACCUGAAAAGACAAUUUUAUAAUACUGCAAACAGAACGGCUGAUUUUACCUAAAAAUUAAAUAGUACAUUCUGGUUUAUAUCAAAGUUUAGUUGAUAUAAGCCUAUUGCUCAACUUCGUCUAUCUCAUGACUUUUGAACCCAGCUCAACUACAUUGCUACUCCAAGUUCAAAAAAGUUCUCAGUUGCUUCUAACUAGCUAAUUUUUUCCUUAGUUUUAAAACACUCGAUAGCCUUUCUCUUCAGUUCCAAAUUUUUUCCUUGACUUUAAUGUGAUUUCCUGAUUUGCAAUUUCAUUCUCCCACCCAAUUUAAAGAAAAACUAGGGUCCAGAGUUAGAUACAUUAUAUAAAUUCAUUGAGGAAUUUUUGGCACAAUUGACGCACCGUAUGAUUAUUUUAUCUAUUAAAAAGCUAUUUGUUCAACUUUUGUCAUAAAAACGUGAAAACAUUUUAUUCUAUGUACAAUAAUGUACACAAAUUUAAAUAGGUCACCAAAGAGACCAGAAGUAAUUAAAGAGGUAUAUUUACAGUAGCACAUCACAGUAAACGGAAAACCAUUCACAGAUUCAACAUUGAUACUGUUUUUGUGCUUGGUUACACACUGAAGUGAAGCAUAUUACUCCAUUUUGGAUGAACUGAAUUUUAAACAAAUACCUCAAUGAUUAGUAAAUGCUAUUUUAAUCAGUCAGUGUCAUCAUUAAUAAAUUCUUCAGCUGCUGCGCCUGUGUGCUGAAUCCCUCCAUUUCUUUCUCUUUGAACAUCAUCAUCGCAAUCCGUACUGUCGUCUUCGUUCAAUUCCCUGUCGGAUUCAGCAGCAUCUUCCCUUAUAGCUUCCUCUGGAUUUUCAUUUUCAUUGGGUGCAAUAAAGCCAUUGUUGUUAGA